GCUGGUUCAAGCUUUUAAAGCCUUGCGAUCAAGCCUUUGGAGCGCCAUGGUGUGGCCCAAGCAACAUGAGGACGUCUUCACCGAGGUCAGCAAAGAGUUGAAAAGGAAACUUCGCAAGGGAGAGCGUGAUUGGACCUCGCUCGUGGAGGAGGUUACAAAAGACUUUUUUCACUGGAGAGGGAUCCAGGUAGAAGAAGCGCUCAUUGCUAAGGUGGUGGAAACUUCACGGAAGAAAGGCUGCCAGCGCUUUCAACUCCUGCGGAGAGGAUCUCAGAGGUAUGUGCGACUCUCGGAACCGACCCAUCCGAACCGGCAACGGCAGCUACGGGAGACCGACAGGCCGCAGCAGCUUGAGGUCGACUCAAACUACAACUUCUCGGUGGAGAUGGCGAAGUUCUUGCGCGAGGGAACACGUCCAUACAAGGACCUGGCUGCUGUCGUUGAGUGCAAGAGCCUGUCGUGCGUCAACCAGCUUCUUCAAAGCCAGCAGCCUCAUAAAGACGGCCGUUGUCGCUUCGAACGGCGCCAGCUGGACCGCAGAGAAGUCUUGUGGGCCACGCCCAAUACGUUGGACUUUCGAGAAGCUCAGGAGCGCAGAGCGGAGAUGAUGGCGGACAUGAGGAAGUUCGAUGCCAUCAUCAGUCAAAGAGAUGGCAAGCAGGUUGUGGUGGAAGAUUUGCCGAUGGUGCAAGCUAUGUGGCGAACAGUUUGCUCCUGGUUGCAGAGUCAAGCAUGCCAUAAAUGCCGACUCUAUGACUUUGAUGAGAUUGCACUGGACUGUGUUCCAGGUGUCAUGACGAGGUACUGCAUAUUUGAUGGCGACGCUAUUGAGGUCAGAGUCCACUACUUCAAGGACACCUCCGAGACCCUCAUCCACAAUCACAGGAGCAGCUUCUUUAGCAAAAUCCUGAAGGGCAGCUACAUCCAUCAAGUCUGGGGUGUGUCUACAGCGCUCAGUCAGGAGCAUCAUCAUUACGUGAUGAACCGAAGCCACGACCCGAGCAUGGAGUCCCCCAUGCAGAAGCACCAAGGAAGGCUGAAGACCACGAAUGCGCACUCCUUCUGUGAAGGAGAUUGGUAUUUCCUGGACCACGAAACCCCUCACACCGUGCGGCCGGGUGGUGGCAAGGCCCUGACCAUCUACAUCAGGUCGAAGAACGCUGCCGGGGACACUUGGGUCAGGAGCACUGACCAGACGUUGCCAGAUCAAAGUCGGACACCGGACACCAGCAUUGAAGGUGCUGAAGACAAAAUGGCGUUCUUGGAGGAAAUUUGGCAGCUGUUGCAGCCGGCUUCAUGGCAGCCUGCAAAAGCUGCAAGGUGGAAAAGACAUGGAACCAGACCAGCCGCUUGAGAAGCUCGCAGUGAUGGCUAUUGGUCAAGUGAUUGGGCCACCCAAACACUAGAAGGACCACCAUCCGAACCGCUCAAACAAUGCCCAGAUGCAACCUGAGCACAAGAAUUUGAAAGUUGGCAGUGCGGGGUCAGGCCGAGGGUUGAGGGUUUUCCCAUCCACACAAAUGCUGGAC